AGCUUAUUUAAUGUUCUUAUUUUUACUUACCUUUCCGUUUUUAAUAUAAAGUAUUUUGCUUGCAUUUUACAGUUUUAUGUUUUUAAGUUUUAUAAUAUUUAUGUUUUCGUAAGGAAGUUUGGCCUAAGUUGCGCUGUUGCUACAUUUAUGGUUCUGAAACGCAUCGAUUGCUUCAGUUUUUCGAAGCAGGAUUGAGCGUAAGAACAGAUUUGUUCAGAGAGAUUUGGACGGUCGCCCUCAGGAUGGUUUAACCCCUAAUUUCCUAAGCUCCCGGACUGGGCAUUCCCUUCAAACCUGUAUGAUCUGGAAUAUCUGCGGUGAAGUUUAAAAUGGCAGAGACUAUAUCCAUCGGUCAUUGCAACUAGCUGAGGAUCUGUGACCGUCAAUUGUCGACUGAUUUUUGCAGCAAAUUGCAUUUUGCUCUGUUCCAACACAGCUUUAUAAAAAUGUCGGAUCCAAGCGGGUAUCCUCUUCACUCCGAUCACCAGCAUUAUCCCUAUCUCAGUCAGAUGAAUAAUGCGCAGAACAAGACAACUGAUAUUGCUCAAGUUCUCGCGCAGAUUAUGGAUAUUACUAAUCAGUCGCUGGAAGAAGCCCAGACGCGGAAGCACGCGCUAAAUUGUCACCCAAUGAAGCAAGCACUCUUCAGCGUGCUGUGCGAAAUUAAAGAUAAAACGGCGCUGUCCCUGCGCACCUGUCAAGAUGAUGAGCCGCCGGAUCCACAACUGAUGCGCCUGGAUAACAUGCUGAUCGCGGAGGGUGUUUCGGGUCCAGAGAAGGCGGGAGGCGCAGCUGGAAGCUCCAUUGCCACGGCGGGUGUGGCGGCGGCUGUCGCUUCAUCGCCCGGCAGUGAUCUGCCCUCCAACGCUCUGGAACAUUCAGAAUACCGCUCCAAACUGGCUCAAAUUCGACAGAUCUAUCAUCAAGAACUGGAGAAGUAUGAGAAGGCAUGUGGCGAGUUCACCACGCACGUUAUGAAUCUCUUGAGGGAACAGAGUCGUACACGACCAAUUACUUCAAAGGAAAUGGACCGAAUGGUGCAAAUGAUUCGUAAAAAAUUUAGUUCCAUACAAAUGCAGCUAAAGCAGUCGACAUGCGAGGCUGUCAUGAUCCUUCGUUCGCGAUUUUUGGACGCACGUCGUAAACGGCGCAAUUUUAGUAAGACUGCCACCGAAGUGCUGAAUGAGUAUUUUUAUUCGCACCUAAACAACCCGUACCCCAGUGAAGAAGCAAAGGAAGAACUGGCACGAAAAUGUAAUAUCACAGUGGCGCAAGUUAGCAACUGGUUUGGGAAUAAACGCAUCCGCUACAAAAAGAACAUCGGUAAAGCGCAGGAGGAGGCAAAUAUGUAUGCUGCCAAAAAAGCAGCGCAGGGCCCAGGGAACCCGUACUCGGGAGAAAGCUCUGGUUUCAAUGAUAAUGCAGCCGGUGGGGAAAUGGCAUAUAAGCGCAGUUAUUCUGGUAUGUCACACCCAAGUCUGAGUCCUUCCAGCUCGAUGACAUCGCCACCUGCACAUCGGGGCCAUAGCGAAAAUGAGCCGGCAUGGGGACACGGGAAUCUUGGACGCGUUGGCGAUGUGUCCGAAUCAGAAUCGGACGACGAAGAAGCUGAUACCCCCAGUAUUAAACAAUCUCCUUCUAAACGGCGACGCAUGUAAUGGAAUCAGCUUAUUUAUUUCGAAUAGCGUGCCCUUGAUGUGUGCAUAUACGUGUCUUACAAUGACGAGUUCAGACUGUGUGGCAUCUUUGUAUGUAAUGUGGCAUGUCCUGGUGUUUUAAAAUUUCUUGUUGAGAAUUUGAGAUACAUAAAUCAUGUUUUAUUGUGCGUUAUUUAAUUGUGGCUGUUGGUGUUUUUAGCCUUUGUUUCUGCCUCGUGUUUUACGUAUUUUAUUGGUUUGCACUUCAGCGAUCGAGGGUUUGAGACCAUCGCUUGUUGUUAUCAUCUUUAGUAUGUGCAUAAUGCUGUUUAGUAUUAGAUACCGGUUAAGAUUUUCAGAUGAUAUACGGUGUUGGGUCUUGGAGUGUUGUGUCCUCGUGAGUUACAACAAUUAAAGCGGUCA